AUUGAUCCGUGCUAAUUUAGUAGGACGGCGGCGUUGUCAAGGGCCUUGUAGGGCUCGACGUCUUCAAAGAGACAUACGGCUACUAUCACGACGGCCAGUACAUGCUCGCAGCCCAGUGGCUUUCUGCCUUCAACUAUGCAAAUCUUCUAGGGGCCAUUGUCGGUGCCUUGCUCUCUGCCGUAGCCUACGAUCGCUUCGGCCCCCGGAUCAUGAUCGCAGCCUGCUCGGUCCUGUCCAUCGCCUUCAUCUUCAUCCAGUUCUUCAGCCACUCUCCAGCACAGCUCUUCGUCGGCCAGCUCGUCAACGGCUGCAUCAUCGCUUUCUACCCGAUCUGUGCCUCUGCCUACGUGGGCGAGGUCACCCCGCUGGUCCUGCGCGGCUUCGCAGCAACCAUGACCAACCUCGCCUUCUCCAUCGGGUCGCUCAUCGCCUCCGGGAUCCUCAAAGGCACUGAACCUAUUGACACGGUAUAUUCGUACAAAAUCCCCAUCGCCUCCCAAUGGGCGCUCCCUUGCAUCAUGCUCUCCCUGGUCUACUUCGUCCCCGACCCUCCCUACUGGCUCUGCCGCAAAGGCCGCUACACCGAUGCCUUAGCCUCGCUGCGCCGCCUCGCAACAGCCCCAGUCGACGUAUCCCACAAGCUGGCACACAUACGCGAGACCCUCCGUCUCGAGGAAAGCUUCCAGGGCGGCCGCGCACACUACCUCGAGUGCUUCCGGGGCCCGAACUUCCGCCGCCUCACCAUCUGCGUCAUGGCCUACAGCAUGCAAGCAUUCACUGGAAACGUCUUCUUCAUUUCUUAUGCAGUGCACUUUAUGGAACUUGCCGGUCUGGAUGCGUCUGAUGCGUUUAGUAUGAACCUCGGUCUGACGGCGAUUGGGUUUGUCGGGACUUGUAUCUCCUGGUUCCUGCUUUCUUAUAUCGGCCGCCGCACAAUGUACCUCUUUGGCUGCUGCUCGCUUGCUGUUGCUUUAUUCGCGAUCGGUGCUGUGGAUCUUGCGCCGCGAGCUGAUAAUGCUACCAGGGUCGCUGCGACUUGGGCCCAGUGUGCGCUUAUGCUGCUUUGUACAUUCGUCUACGACCUGUCCCUAGGUCCGUUCUGUUAUGUGCUACUGGCCGAAGUAUCCUCUGUGCGACUGCGUGGGUUCACGAUUGCACUAGCGACAGUUGCCUGCUUCGUCUGGUCUGUUGUCUUUGCGGUUGUGAUUCCGUAUGCGAUGAACGAGGACCAGGGGGACUGGCGGGGGAAGAUGGGGUUCUUGUUUUCGGGGCUGGCUGGGUUAUCGGCUGUUUGGUGUUUUUUCUAUCUGCCUGAGACGAGGGGGAGGACGUUUGAGGAGUUGGAUGUGUUGUUUGAGAGGAAGGUGGAUAGUAGGCGGUUUUCGAGGUAUAAGGUGGAUAUUGUGGAUGCGCAGGACGUGGACGGAGAGAGAAACAGACAGGAAAGGGUGUAAAUGAAUAGACAUAGAAUAUUAACUCUUAACUCUUUAACUCUCAACUCUCUCUGUCUUCACUUAUGAGCUUUUCAUCAACCAACACAAUGCUGAACAGAAUCAAGCAUUUCUUCCACAACAAACCCCCAUCAGCAUCCCGCCCAAUCCAAAUUCUCUCCGACCUCCAUCUCGAAAUCGAUCAACAGUACUCAUCCUUUUCCAUCCCCGCUCGCGCCAAGACCCUCAUUCUGGGCGGCGAUGUCGGGCGCUUAGUCGACUACGACAACUACUGCGCUUUCCUACAGAAACAAGCCGAUCAAUUCGAAACCGUCUUUCUCGUUCUUGGGAAUCACGAGUUUUACAACCUCU